CAACACUCCGUUGCACAAUGCCGCCAUGAGAGGUACAUUCGAGGUGUGUCAAGCGUUGCUCGCUGCAGGGGCGGACUGUAACAUCAAUGAUGCGUGUGGCGACACUCCGUUGCACGAUGCCGCCACUUUAGGUAAACCCGAUGUGUGUCAAGCGCUGCUCGCUGCAGGGGCGGACUGCAACAUCAAGAAUGAGCGUGGCGACACUCCGUUGCACAAAGCCAUCUGGGGUGGAAUCGAGGUGUGUCAAGCACUGCUCGCUGCAGGGUCGGACUUCAACAUCAGGAAUGGGGAUGGCCUGACACCACUGGACAGAGCGAGAUACUGGAAACGUCAUGCGGUUGUAGCGCUAUUGGAGAAGGCCACCCCAUAGACAUCAUGAGACCUUUACUAAUUGUAAAGUGACUAUGCACACACUGCGGGUCAUUUCCUGCCAGUUGAAGCAACAUGGCAGCUAUCUUUCUUUGGUGGAUCCAGAGCUUUAAUCGUCACAUAUACAUGACUUUGUAUGUAUUUGAGCAAUGGGCAGGUAAGACUGCAGUGUUGUCUUGCUGUCCCUGCCCACAAUGCCAGUGCAUGAUACCAUACAUUUCUAGACAUGAUAGCUUCCAUUUCCUCUUCCCUUCCAAGUAUCUGUUGCAGAUCGUCUUGCACUCCAUGCAGAUCCUUACUAGAAGUUACAAUGUUUGAAUAGAAAAUUGUACAAUGUCGUCACAGUAGUGCUUUGCUAGCAUUAUAAUUAUUAGAAUCAACUGACAUACUAUCGUCAGUGGAUGUAUUUUCAACACGUUUCUCCUUUUUUAAUUUUUUUAUCAAUUUGUCUUUUCAAGUCGUUUGGCUAGACUAUUCCGUACAUUAGCGGGCUUCGUGAUUUCCGUUGGAAACAGACAUCGUUUUUUUCCCGCAAUCGGUAUGGAGACAAAAACUUGAUACCAGAGAGUAAUAAAAUACCGGUGUUUUACUACUCCCUGCUUGAUGCAAGUUCGGUAUUUACACUGACUUGUUCUGAUGUACAUGUACAUCCAUGUAUAUCAACUGUCAACCUUCUUGCUGUGAAUACAUUCUGCAAUGCUCAUUACAUGGAUUUAAUUGUUGCCUCUGCACCACAUAUUGUAGCUUUCACUGAUUUGUACUUGCAGUAAUUGCUAUGAUUGGUGAUUUCUUGAGUCAAUUUGA